GGGUUCAAGGGACUUUUCCAAAAGAACAUGCCGGUUUCUUUCUGUUAAGCUGAUUCGGAUUUACACCUCGACAGCAUACUCACGACAUUUGAUUUGCUUCGCUGAUUUUCUUCACCUUCUGUUCGGUUUUGUGAAAAAGUGGGGAUGGCGACUACGGCUUGUUUUAUUAUCGUGAGCAGGAAUGAGAUUCCUAUAUAUGAAGCUGAACUUGGAUCUGCUGUUAAAAGAGAAGACGCUGCACAGCUGCACCAGUUCAUAUUACAUGCAGCUCUGGAUAUUGUUCAGGACCUUGCAUGGACAACAAGUGCCAUGUUCUUGAAGGCAGUCGACAGAUUUAAUGAUUUGAUGGUUUCGGUCUAUGUUACAGCUGGUCAUACAAGAUUGAUGCUACUUCACGACUCCCGCAAUGACGAUGGAAUAAAGAGUUUUUUCCAGGAGGUUCAUGAGCUUUACAUUAAGAUACUUCUUAAUCCAUUAUACUUGCCUGGUUCCCGCAUUACAUCUUCUCAUUUUGAUACAAAAGUUCGUGCACUUGCGAGAAAGUAUCUGUAAUUUUUUAGUCAUGUUCUCUUUGUCUUUGUAAUCAAUAUUUCUUGUUCUUGGAUGGUGAGUCCUUCUGGUUGGAAAUGGUGGCCGGAUUCAAAGUCCAGAAGAGUUUUAGACAAUGAAUAUUGCCUAUUAUAGCUUUGCUUAUGUAGAUGCAUCCAUUUGCCUUCUGUUUUUUGACAUUGUUUGUAAAAAAUGGAUUUCCAUUUAGACAACCAAUAUUAAAAGGAUUUUUUUUAUCCCCAA